AAAUACCAAAGUUGGUUUUGAAUUAAAUAUUCUCUUUUUCUUGUCCUUUUACUGUACAGAUCACUGACUCCCAAAUCUACACGAAACACUAGAAAUAGGGAGAAAACCCCUCAAAUGAAGACACAGCAUAAAACACUUGUAGAUAUAAAAGACACACACACACCUCUGAGAAGAGAAGAGACGAGAAGAAAGAGAGAGAGAGAGAGAUUCAACUUCCACAUAGAACCAUGGCAGCUGAAAAAGAACCAGAGCAAGAAGAGAACUCGGCAGCAAUGAAACUACCGGUUUUACCAAUUAAACCCAACAGUCACAGCCACUCUAUGUCAUCACCCAUUCACAGUUCCAUAGCAGCUUCUGUCCCCUUUAGCUGGGAAGAAGAGCCUGGCAAGCCCAAGCAACACUCUUCUUCAUCUUCAUCAUCCUCUUCCUCACCAUUAACUUCUUAUUCUUCAUCUUCUCCUCAAACCCACAAGUCCUUGGAGCUGCCACCAAGGCUACACUCCCUUGAAAAGGAUGGAGGAUCACUCACCAAACUGAACUCGCCCAUCACUGUCUUUGAUGGACCUUACAGCAUGACAAGAUCAAGAAGGUUGGAUUCACCUUCCUUUAGGAUGAUGGUGAAAGGUGGUGGUGACUGUUAUGGGUCUUUCAGGAGUGACAUGUAUGGUGAUUUAGAUGAUGUUGAUGAGGAGACCAAGCAGGAGAACAUGAGUAGUGGUGGCUCUUUGGCUCUUGUGAAGAAGAGAAGGGGACUAGGGUUUUUUGGGUUUAGUAGGAGAAGGGCUUUGAAAAGAAAAACAGAGUUUGGUAGAGGUAGUUAUGUGUUUCCAUCUUCAGUGGACAGAGAGAGUGAAUCCGGAAAAAAAGAGGUGGAAGAAGGAGAAGACAAUAGGUUUGGCUAUGGUGAUGGUGAUGGUAUUACUUGCAGCCAAAGCAGCAGGUUUUGUGAAGUGAAUAUUGCAAACAUUAGCAGAACAGGGAGCUUCUCUACUCUGCCUACACCAUCUUCUUCUUCAAAGUCUCACUUCUGGACCAAUGUGUAUGCAGGACUAAAGCAAGUGGUUCCAUGGAAGAACAAGAAGACUACUGGUUAAGUAUCUACUCUAUCAAAGAUUUUGAAAGAUUAAAUACCGAACAAAAAGAGAAAGCCUAUCUGAUUUCCACAAGUUUUCUCCAACCUUUUGGUUUAUGAUUUAGUUUUUUUUCAAAAAUUUCAAGAAAAUGACAUUACCAUGAAACAAGUGUGAAGCCCAGCUUUUUCACGCUUGUCGUUGUUGUUGUUGUGUUUGUGAUGGUUUAAAUGUUUUUUUGGAAUUUUUGUAAAGAGAAACAGAGAAGUCUUGCGAUAUAUGUAUUAAUUUAUCAUGA